AUGGGCGUGGAAGAAAAACCAGUUCCGUUUGUGGGAGGGACCGAGCGAGAAGCAUGCGAAGUUACUCUUCACAUCCAGAGACUUGUUUACAUCUCUUUGAUUCUUCUUGUUUUUAUUCAUCUACGUCUCGUCACGACUAAAAUAGACAUGGCAGAUCAGGCUCCCUCUGUGGCUAAGGAGGCAGUCCUCAAACCCAGCUGUGAACUCCCAAAAGACAUCCUGAAAAUCAAAGGGUAUGAUUUUAACCAGGGAGUAGAUCUUCAGGCUGUGCUCAAGUCCUACUUGACAACGGGCUUCCAGGCAAGCAGCUUCGGCUUCGCUGUCCAGGAGAUCAACAACAUGAUCGAGAAGCGCCUGGAGCCAGUUGACGCAAAUGAGUCUGAGCUGAAGUCCGGCACGUCGGGAUGCACCAUCUUUCUUGGCUACACUUCCAAUCUGAUUAGCUCUGGGGUUAGGGAGAGCAUUCGCUACCUUGCAGAGCACAAAAUGGUUGAUGUAAUUGUUACCACAGCUGGGGGCAUAGAGGAAGACCUGAUAAAGUGCUUGGCUCAUACGUACCUCGGAGACUUCAGUAUGGCUGGAAAAGAUCUCCGACAGCGAGGCAUCAACAGAAUAGGAAAUCUAUUAGUUCCAAAUGAUAACUACUGCAAAUUUGAAGAUUGGCUCAUACCCAUUCUUGAUCAAAUGUUACUGGAACAAAACACAGAGGGCACACGCUGGACGCCCUCAAAGAUGAUCCAUCGUCUCGGGAAGGAGAUCAAUAAUCCUGAGUCUGUUUAUUACUGGGCGUACAAGAAUGAUAUUCCGGUGUUCAGCCCAGCUCUUACGGACGGCUCUUUGGGGGAUAUGAUUUACUUUCACUCCUUCAAAAACCCUGGCCUCAUUCUUGACAUAGUGGAGGAUAUUCGCGGCAUGAACAGUCAAGCUGUGUUUGCUAAAAAAACAGGAAUGAUCAUUCUUGGUGGUGGGCUGGUGAAGCAUCAUAUUGCCAAUGCAAAUCUUAUGAGAAAUGGGGCGGAUUUUUCGGUGUUCAUUAACACAGGACAGGAGUUUGAUGGUUCAGAUUCUGGGGCCAGACCUGAUGAAGCCGUGUCCUGGGGCAAGAUUAGAACCGAUGCAAAACCAGUCAAGGUUUAUGCAGAUGCGUCUCUGGUUUUCCCUUUGAUUGUGGCCCAGACCUUUGCUUUGCACGCUGACCGACUGACCACAGGCACGAAAACUGAUUGA